CUUCUUUAAAUUUCUUUCUAGGAUGUUCAGUUCUUCUCCACAAUGAAUGAGUGUCACUAUGAUAAGCAGAUGGACUUUUUUUAUAACAGAAGCCACACUGACAGUGACACCGCUGAUGACUGGACAGGAACGAAGCUGGUGAUAGUUCUAUGCGUUGGAACAUUUUUCUGCCUGUUUAUUUUCUUUUCUAAUUCUCUGGUCAUCGCAGCGGUGAUUAAAAACAGAAAGUUUCAUUUCCCCUUCUACUACCUGUUGGCUAACCUAGCUGCUGCAGAUUUCUUUGCUGGAAUUGCCUAUGUAUUCCUGAUGUUCAACACUGGCCCCGUUUCAAGAACUUUGACCGUCAACCGCUGGCUUCUCCGCCAGGGGCUUCUGGACACGAGCUUGACUGCCUCCCUGACCAAUUUGCUGGUGAUUGCCUUGGAGAGGCACAUGUCAAUCAUGAGGAUGCGGGUCCACAGCAACCUGACCAAAAAGCGGGUGACGUUGCUCAUUUUGCUUGUCUGGGCCAUUGCCAUCUUUAUGGGGGCGGUCCCCACACUGGGCUGGAAUUGCCUCUGUGACAUCUCUACCUGCUCUUCCCUGGCCCCCAUUUACAGCAGGAGUUACCUCAUCUUCUGGACUGUGUCCAACCUCCUGGCUUUCUUCAUCAUGGUCGUGGUGUACCUGCGGAUCUACAUGUACGUCAAGAGGAAAACCAACGUCUUGUCCCCACACACCAGCGGCUCCAUCAGCCGCCGGAGGACCCCCAUGAAGCUAAUGAAGACAGUGAUGACUGUCUUAGGGGCCUUCGUGGUGUGCUGGACCCCGGGCCUGGUGGUGCUGCUGCUGGACGGCCUUAACUGCAAGCAGUGCGACCUGCAGCACGUGAAAAGGUGGUUCCUGCUGCUGGCCUUGCUCAACUCCCUCAUGAACCCUGUCAUCUACUCCUACAAGGAUGAGGACAUGUACAGCACCAUGAAGAAGAUGAUCUGCUGCUUCUCUCAGGAGAAGAACCCGGAGAGGCGGCCCUCCCGCAUCACCUCCACAGUCCUCAGCAGGAGCGACACGGGCAGCCAGUACAUGGAGGAUGGCAUCAGCCAGAGCACCGUCUGCAACAAGAGCAGCUGCUAAACCCGGUGCCCUCCGCCCACCCAGCCUGCCCUGGGAGGAGAGCUGUGGAGAGUGGUUGCCUGUCUCUAACAAAGCCCCUGUACAGUGUUAUUUGAGGUCUCAAUUAAUCAUUGCUAGAUUUUUUUUUAAGGAAUUGUUUUACGUAGUUUAAAAGCCUGGGCAGUAAAGGGAGGACACCGUGCAUUUAGAGAAAAUGCACAGGAAGAGGGGGAAUCGCACGGUGGAUUCCUGCUUGCCAUCCUGUGAGCCGCUCGGAGCCCCGCUGGCCUGGACUCGCAUUCUGGGCUCUGCCACCACCUUGUAGCCAUUCUCGUUGUGUUUAAAGAUGUUGGGGAAGGGCUCAGGCCACAAUAAAUAAUACUGUUACUUGAGCCAGUUUGUGUAGCUGCUUGGAAAGCCUCGGUAGAUCUUUGUGCAUGCAUUUACAAUUUAAAAAAAUGCUUCAGCAAUGAUAUUCUUUUUGUUCGAAGAAACCAUGGCCAGUAGCUAGGUAUUCAGUAGGAAUCUUAGAAUAACAAAACGGAAAGGGCUUCAGAUAAAACUUGAUUUUUUAACUUAAAGAACAUUCUGAGGAAAAUUAUUUACUGUAAAGUUAAUAACAAAAAAAAGUCAACAUUAAAAACUUCUCUUGAAGCAAAAAAAAAAAAAAAAAAAGUCCCGUUGUGGUCCUUUAAUUAUGCAUGAGUGUAUAAAUGCAUCUGUAUAUUCAUACAUUUCAAAUUUGUAUUUAAAGACAUCAAGAACAGUGAUGAUGACAUAAGCUCACUGGCCACCUAGACUUCCCAGUCUAGGAUUAUAGCUGAAGAAGUGACCUAUUGUGUUCUCAAAGGAAAGAGAAAGAGGUGAGUCAUUUGUAACAGGCAAAAGGUACAUUGGCAAGCAGGCUGAAGUCCUUCCAUGUGGGAUCCAAUAGCUUGACUCAAGUCCUCAUUUUCAGCUACCUCCACACCAUUGGUGGCGUGUCAGAGGUAGCAUGUGGAAUAAUUUUCACAUCUCAUAUUUUGCCCAUGGUUAUGGACAUGCGUCUGGUUCUUGUCUUACUUGUGGACUGAAUUUUGAUGUGGGUCCUAUUUAAAAUGUUUCUUCUUCAAAGACCUCACUAAGUAGGCAACGUGAAAGGCAAGUCAGUAAGAAAAAGAAACUGUUUCAUACACAUAAGCUACUGACCAGAGUUUUCUGUGUAAAGCAUGUAGAGUAUAGUCUGAUUUUAAAGUAACUGUAACUUCAAGGCAGAUCUAUAGUAUUUAUGUAGUUUGCAAAAGAAGUUUACAUUUUUCUGCUAUUGUGAUGUAACAUUUAUGUGCAAGAACUACUUGUAAUAAAAGGAUUUGAAUAAGAGGAUUUGUCAUGCUUUUAGAUAUAAUGGCCUAAAAUAGUGUUAUGAUUUGAAGGUAUAGAUUUCACAAACUCUGCGUAGUACGUGGGUCUAUCUGAAGCUUAUAUCAAAGCUAUCUAUGAAAUAAAAUUUAAGAAAGAAUCUC